CAACCACACACGCACACCCCCUCCCCUGCCUCCCUCCCCGCGCGCCGCCCGCCCCGCCGGCCCCGCUCGCCCUCGCGCGCUCGGAAGGGAGUCGCGAGACGUCGGAGCGGCGGCCACGUAGCGCUGCGGCGGCGGCGGCGGCGGCGGCGGCCGAGGCCGGGUCUGCGGAGCGGCCCUGAGGACAGACGUUGGGCGGGGGGGGAGGGGCCGGCCCGGCCGGCGGUUGUUACUCGAGCGCCGCGGCUACAGGCCCCCCGCCGCAGGGAUGGACCGCCGAGGCGGCGGUCGGGGCGGCGGAGGCGGAGGCGGCCGGCCAGGAUAAGAUGCUCCAAGUCAGUUGCAGCUCUCCUCAGAAGAAAAGUCAGUAGUGCUCUGCUCUUGCCAUAAUACCAAACCUUCUGACCUAAGCUUUGGUGCUGCCACACUGGAAGAAUCACACACAGGUUCCAGGAAUACCUUUUUUUUUUUUUUUUUUUUGAGUGAUUCUUUGUGGAUGGAAAAAGAUUUGAGUCUUAAUAAUUACCCUGUUUUAAAGCUAUUUCUCUACAGUCUGAUCUGUGUUCUGCAUCGGGCCACUCACCCAUGAGCCACGCAGCCAGCUCUCGCCAGGAGUGGGUGGAAAGCUGUGCCGUGCAUGCAGCAGGGAUGGCCCAAGAAGAUAGCCGUCGGGCUCCAGUGCCAUCUGCCUUUUAUCAUGGUGCCAACCAAGAACUUGACCUGUCCACCAAAGUGUACAAAAGGGAAUCGGGAAGUCCUUAUUCUGUGUUAGUGGACCCCAAGAUGAGCAAGCCCCAUCUCCACGAAGCCGAGGAACAGCCGUAUUUCAGGGAGCCGAGGGCGGUGUCUGACGUGCGCGCCAUUAAGGAAGACCGGGAGAACUCUGAUGACACGGACGAGGAGGAGGAGGAGGAGGUUUCUUACAAAAGGGAGCAGAUCAUAGUGGAGGUAAACCUUAAUAACCAAACAUUAAAUGUGUCUAAAGGGGAAAAGGGUGUCUCUUCUCAGUCCAAAGAGACUCCUGUUCUUAAGACAAGCAGCGAGGAGGAGGCGGAGAGUGAGGAAGAAGCCACCGAUGACAGCAAUGACUAUGGAGAGAACAGGAGGCAGAAGAAGAAGGAGAAGACAGCGGAGAAGGCCAGCGUCCCACACAGGAGAACCAGGAGAGCUGGCUCCGCGGCCACGGCCGCCACUUCCCCGACUCCCAGGACAACAAGAGGGCGUAGGAAGAGCGUAGAGCCACCGAAGCGGAAGAAGCGGGCUGCCAAGGAGCCCAGAGCGCCCGUCCAGAAAGCUAAGUGUGAAGAGAAAGAGACUCUGACCUGUGAGAAGUGCCCCAGGGUGUUUAAUACUCGCUGGUACCUGGAGAAGCACAUGAACGUUACUCACAGGCGCAUGCAGAUUUGUGAUAAGUGUGGCAAGAAGUUUGUCCUGGAAAGUGAGCUGUCCCUUCACCAGCAAACAGACUGUGAAAAAAAUAUUCAGUGUGUUUCCUGUAACAAAUCUUUCAAGAAACUCUGGUCCCUUCAUGAACACAUCAAGAUCGUCCAUGGAUAUGCAGAAAAGAAGUUUUCCUGUGAAAUUUGUGAGAAGAAAUUCUAUACCAUGGCUCAUGUGCGGAAACACAUGGUUGCACACACGAAAGACAUGCCAUUUACAUGUGAAACCUGUGGAAAGUCAUUCAAACGCAGCAUGUCCCUCAAGGUGCACUCCUUGCAGCAUUCUGGAGAGAAGCCCUUCAGAUGCGAGAACUGUGACGAAAGGUUUCAAUACAAGUACCAGCUACGCUCCCACAUGAGCAUCCACAUUGGGCACAAACAGUUCAUGUGCCAGUGGUGUGGCAAGGAUUUCAACAUGAAGCAGUACUUCGAUGAACACAUGAAAACACACACUGGAGAGAAACCCUUUAUCUGUGAAAUCUGUGGCAAAAGCUUCACCAGUCGCCCCAACAUGAAGAGGCACCGCAGAACUCACACAGGCGAGAAGCCCUAUCCGUGUGACGUGUGUGGCCAGCGAUUCCGCUUCUCCAACAUGCUUAAGGCCCACAAGGAAAAGUGCUUUCGGGUGACCAGCCCCGUGAAUGUGCCGCCUGCUGUCCAGAUCCCACUCACAACUUCCCCGGCCACCCCAGUUCCUUCUGUGGUGAACACACCCACGACCCCCACCCCUCCGAUCAGUAUGAAUCCUGUGAGCACUCUCCCCCCCCGGCCCAUCCCCCACCCCUUCUCACACCUCCACAUCCACCCACACCCUCACCACCCCCACCACCUCCCUAUCCCUCCCGUCCCUCACCUCCCCCCACCUCCAGCUCUCUUCAAGAGCGAGCCUUUAAAUCAUAGAGGCCCGGGUGAGGACAACUUCCUGCGGCACCUGGCCGAGAAGAACAGUUCAGCACAGCAUCAUUAACAUCCAUCUCCUUAAGUGUGUUCUCCACGAGUUGUGUGCCCGUGUGUGAGUUUGCAGAGAGGGAGUUGGUGAGCAUUUCUGUAGCUGUCAGACUCUCCUCAGCCUCCACCAAGAGCUUUGUCAUUGUCUUGGUGAAUCAACACAUCCAAGGGAAUGAACGCGAAGACCACCUUGAGCUCACGGAGGGAACUGUCAUCUAAACCAGGGGAACCACCGAACUAAAGCCCAAUUUGCUUGCAUUUUCUGGUGACUUUUAUAAAUUUCAAAUACUCAGACUUGUGGAAUUUUAUAAUUUCAUAUCAGCUGAUGAGGUAUGCUUGCUUUUAUAUCCCGGCUUCUCCUCAAAGAGGGGACAGGCCUGGUUUCCUUUGUACUAAUCGGGAAGGCUGUGAGAUUAAUCCAGAGCAUUAAUUGUAUCACUGUGUAUCGUAACAAAUUCUUUUCAGCUUUUGGUGCUGGCUUCAGAAUGGGGCCGGCCGUGUUUCCCAGUAUACCCAGCAUUAUAGAGAAAGACGGGAAGUUUCUUCUUUGUGUAGCUCUCCUAAC